AUGAGAAAAAAGAAAGAAACGAAAGAAAAGAAAAGGGAUAAAGGAAAAGAAAGAAACGAAGAAAAAAAAAGGGACGAAGGAAAAGAAACGGAACAAAGAAAAAGAAAAGGAACAAAGGAAAAGAAAAGGAACAAAGGAAAAGAAAAGGAACUAAGGAGAAAAAAGGAUCGAAAAAAAGGAAAAGGAACGAAAGAAAAGGAACAAAGAAAAAAAAAAAAUGAAGAAAAAGGAAUGAAAAAAAAGAAAAUGAACAAAAGAAAAGAAAAGGAACGAAGGAAAAAAA